CUGGGUCCUGGCAGACGCCCCAAGGUUGUUGUGAGGAGUCUCGCCAGUUGGUGAGCGCUGUAAUCUGAACCAGCUGUGUCCAGACGGAGGCCCCAUUUGCAUUGUUUAACAUACUUCGAAAAUGAAGUGUUCAUUUUUAACAUUCCUCCUCCAAUUGGUUUAAUGCUGAAUUACUGAAGAGGGCUAAGCAAAACCAGGUGCUUUCUCUGCAGGCGCUCCAGUGGCUCGGAGGACCCCGCUCUCCCCUUGUCCUCUGCACGACUCGCUGGUCCCCUCCGGAAUAGAAAUAGCGACGCGCCCCGGGGUCCCGAGAGGCUGCGGGCCAGGAAGUCCUCAGUGGGCACCGCGUCCUUUCUCGCUUCCCCUUUGCCAGCCCACCUCGCGCACGUUGGACAUGCCAGGAUUAAAAAGGAUACUCACUGUGACCAUCCUGGCUCUCUGUCUUCCAAGUCCCGGCAAUGCACAGCAACAGUGCACGAAUGGCUUUGAUUUGGAUCGCUCAUCAGGACAGUGUUUAGAUAUAGAUGAAUGCCGGACCAUCCCUGAGGCCUGCCGAGGAGACAUGAUGUGUGUUAACCAAAAUGGCGGGUAUUUAUGCAUCCCCCGAACAAACCCAGUGUAUCGAGGGCCCUACUCGAACACCUAUUCGACCGCCUACUCAGGUCCGUACCCAGCAGCUGCCCCACCGCUUGCAGCUGCAAACUACCCCACGAUUUCGAGACCUCUCAUUUGCCGGUUUGGAUACCAGAUGGAUGAAAGCAACCAGUGUGUGGAUGUGGAUGAGUGUGCAACGGAUUCCCACCAGUGCAACCCUACCCAGAUCUGCAUCAACACCGAAGGAGGGUACACCUGCUCCUGCACCGACGGAUACUGGCUCCUGGAAGGCCAGUGCUUAGACAUAGAUGAAUGUCGCUAUGGCUACUGCCAACAGCUGUGUGCAAAUGUUCCUGGAUCCUAUUCCUGCACAUGCAACCCUGGUUUCACCCUCAACGAGGAUGGAAGGUCUUGCCAAGAUGUGAACGAGUGUGCCACUGAGAACCCCUGCGUGCAAACCUGCGUCAACACCUAUGGCUCUUUCAUCUGCCGCUGCGACCCAGGCUAUGAACUUGAGGAAGAUGGUGUUCACUGCAGUGAUAUGGACGAGUGCAGCUUCUCCGAGUUCCUCUGCCAGCACGAGUGUGUGAACCAGCCUGGCACGUACUUCUGCUCCUGCCCUCCUGGCUACAUCCUGCUGGAUGACAACCGGAGCUGCCAGGAUAUCAAUGAAUGUGAGCACCGCAAUCACACGUGCAACCUGCAGCAAACUUGCUACAAUUUGCAAGGGGGCUUCAAGUGCAUUGACCCCAUCCGCUGUGAGGAGCCUUAUCUUCGGAUCAGUGAUAACCGCUGUAUGUGUCCUGCUGAGAAUCCUGGCUGCAGAGACCAGCCCUUCACCAUCUUGUACCGGGACAUGGAUGUGGUGUCAGGACGCUCCGUUCCUGCUGACAUCUUCCAAAUGCAAGCCACGACCCGCUACCCUGGGGCCUAUUACAUUUUCCAGAUCAAGUCUGGGAACGAGGGCAGAGAAUUCUAUAUGCGGCAAACAGGCCCCAUCAGCGCCACCUUGGUGAUGACACGCCCCAUCAAAGGGCCCCGGGACCUCCAACUGGACUUGGAAAUGAUUACUGUGAACACCGUCAUCAACUUCAGAGGCAGCUCCGUGAUCCGACUGCGGAUAUACGUGUCGCAGUACCCGUUCUGAGCCCCGAGCUGCAGCUGCCAACACUGCCUCUCGCUAGCACCAAGGGACAGGAGAAGGAAAGAAAGGAGAGAGAGAAUGAGAGCGAGACAGACAUUACGCCUUUCCUGCUGAAUACUUCCCUGAGGAGUCAGCCCCCAUGUCCUGACCCCCAUCUGUAUUACCAUAUAGACCUGUCACUCUGAAGGACAUGCUGACCCCAGUUCCUAGGAUGCAAUCAUUGAAACGUAUUAUCGUUGGCACUCCAAAGUGCAAUCGUUGCUGGUUUUUCAAGGCCUUUAGUUUAUUUUCAGAUUUUUCAAAGAAAAUAGAUUAGGUUUGCUGGGGUAUGAGUCUAUGUUCAAAGACUGUGAACAGCUUCCUCUUGCCUCUUCCAUGCCUCCUUCUAUCUCCAGCUGUGUUGCUGCUUUGCAAAGGUCCAAAGAGCUCAUGGGGGACUGCUGGAUGUAGCUAGUUUGCUUCUUGCAUGUACUGAAAAGGCUAUGGAAACAAACAAGGGAUUUUGAAGAGUCUAUUGCAAACCCUUUUCUGGUAUUUUCAACCAUAAAAGAAGUUUUAGUUGUCUUUAAAUUAGUAUAACAGUUUAACCCUUUCUUGUUCAUUUUGAGCUUUCUUUUUUUAAAUAAGUGGUAGAACUCCUUCAAAGGCCUUCAGACACAUUUAUGUUCUGUCUUCCCAAACCCAGUCUCCUAUUCAUUUUAGCCCAAUGUUUUCUUUGAGAACCCCUUAAUCAUGCCUUCUUCAGAAUUUUUACCCAACUGGGUUGGAAGGCAGAGGUCGCCAAACUGAUUAAAUAUUUGAAGAGA